AUGUCCCCUCCAGCCUCCGCUGCGGCAGCGAGUGAGAGCAGUACAACCACCGUUUUCGAGGAAGACACCAGAGAAGAGCAGAGGCCCUUGAAGCAAUCCCUGAGCAAGUCCCUGUGUAGAGAGAGCUUCUGGAAAUGCCUGCUGCUCUCCAUGCUCAUGUACGGCUGCAUGGGAGCCAUGGUGUGGUGUCAUGUCACCAAGGUGACUCGCCUCACCUUUGACAGUGCCUUCAAAGGGAAGUCCAUGAUGUACCAUGACAGCCCCUGUUCUGACGGAUACAUCUACAUCCCUCUGGCCUUCCUGCUCAUGCUCUACCUGGUCUACUUGGUGGAGUGCUGGCACUGCAAUGCCAAGAGUGAGCUGCAGCAUAAAAUGGAUGUAGAGGGCAUUUAUGAACGUAUCCAAAGGAUGCAGCAAGCAAAACCCUGUAUCUGGUGGAAGGCCAUUAGCUACCAUUAUGUUAGACGGACUCGGCAGGUCACACGCUAUCGUAAUGGGGACGCCUACACCAGCACACAGGUCUACCACGAACGGGUCAACACCCAUGUGGCUGAGGCUGAUUAUGACUAUGGUCACUGUGGGAUGAAGGACAUCUCAAAACAACUGCUUGGUCUGGAGAAGGCCCCACUCACCAAACUGAGGUUCACCAAGUGCUUUAGUUUUGCUAAUGUGGAGUCUGAGAACUCCUACCUCACCCAAAGAGCAAGGUUCUUCACUGACAAUGAGGGGCUUGAUGACUAUAUGGAGGCACGGGAGGGGAUGCACCUCAAGGACAUUAACUUAAAGGAGUGUGUGAUUGUGUUUUCUGAACCUGACCACCACCCAUGGUAUGUGUCUCAUCAUGUGUUCUGGGCAGCAUCCUUCCUCACCUUAUCGUGGCCCCUGAGGGUUUUCACAGAGUACCGCACUGCCUACGUCCAUUACCGUGUGGAGAAACUCUUCGGGGCGGAUUACGUCCCUGUGACGCCUCUCGAUGAACGCCCUUACAGCCACCGGAUCCCCCGGGUCAACACCAUCGACAGCACAGAGCUGGAGUGGCACAUCCGUUCUAACCAGCAGUUAGUGCCUAGCUACUCUGAGGCCGGACUCAUGGAACUGGCCCAGGGGUCCUCUGGUGGCUUUGGCGGUUUAAGACAGAACUGCGAGCGCUGUCACCGGGCAAUGAGCAGCUCCUCUGUUUUCUCCAGGAGUGCCCUCAGCAUAUGUACCGGCAGUAGCCCGCGGGUCGGCCGGGUGCCCUACAGUGGCAGCCGCUUCUCCUUGGGCCGGCGCUACGGAUCGCGACGCAGCUGUUUCUGGAGGAGUAGAAGCAGUUUGGAUGAGCAAUUGAGUCCCAGUGAGAACACCCGCUGCCUUUCUGGGCGCCUAACCACUGACGAUGAGGACCCCCCAGAUUACCAAGAUGCUCUCUGCUUCCCCGUGCUAAUUUUUCACUGUAGUGAGAACUGCCACAAUCACAGGUCCUUUCAUAGGAAUGGCUCCUGUGUGGAGACCUCUCUAUGACAAUGCAAUGUAUUCACAGAUAGCAUGACUUUGUGUGUGAACAAAGAUGUUUGCCCCGUGUGACACUAACAACUACAGAAAACCUCAUGGCAUAAGAUUGUUAAUGGGAUUGGAUAGAUGUAAAUCUUAGGUGCAUAUUCCCUCAAUACCUUUUAACUAGUGAUCACUAGGGGUUACAUUUAGGCAGUGACAACACUAAAAUAUGGAGAUGUUACCAAAAAAGAAAUGUACACAUUCAAUGCAGUCAAGUAAUUUUUUUUGUAAACUUUAGGCAUAAGCCAAGGCCGGUGGGGAUGAAUGCUGGAGUCUAUGUUCUAUAUACGUUAAUAAGUGUAUUGAGUAUAAUUGUAGUUGCAUUCAUUUCAUAAAUACUUUCAUAAAGUCUUCCUCUUAAUUAUGAAAUAACAAUACACAUUUAUUCAACACAUCAGUUGAGAGAAGUUUUAAAAAAUUAAAGCAAUCUCUCAUAAUUGGAACCAACAUGUUGAGAUAACUGCCAAAUGAAAACAAACAUCAAUGGCACAGUUUCUAUGAAUUCCUUUUGUUUGUAUCAGUUCUAUUUGAACACUAUAUGAUAGUCACAUAGGAUAUUGAAAUGUAACAUUGCUUACUUAAUCUGCAAGUGGUGCCCCAACACCUUUUUAACAAAGGCACCUGCAAGUUAUACAACUACACUUUUCAGAGGGGUUUUGGUUUCCCCAUUGGUUUAAUAAUAUGAAGCACAUGAGACAUACUUUCAUAUAAGAGUUAGAACAUGGCUCAAAUUCUUUCCAACAACUCACAAAUAUCUGUUAAUAAUCACUUAAGGUCACACUAGACAUGAUGAAUUGUAGCUGUAAAUGUUGAAUUGUAUAUGAAUGUUAAUGUAUAUUUAUUCUCAAACUUUGUAGCAAGUAUGUGUUUAAAUUGACAAAUAUGUAUAUUAACAUGUCUGGAAAAUA